AGGGGGAGACAGAGAGCGAGGGGGAGGGAGAGAGAGAGAGGGAGAGAGAGAGAGCGAGAGAGAGAGAGAGAGAGAGAGAGAGUUUACCCUUUCAUUCCAGCCAAUGAGACGGUCGAUACACUAACAUUUUCAUAGUUGUGCACGAGCACAAAGUGAGGUGACGGUGUGAACUUCCAGGUAAAACUGCAAACCGACUCAAGGUUCUUCUCUUUAAGCCCUUGAGGCCGCUCCUCCAGGCUUUGAUGCCCAUACUGUUUGAAGCAGGUGGAAAGACGCAGGCAUGAGUGACAGUGGGACCAAAGAGCCAUCUCCCGAGCCAAGCACUGCCCUGUCACCUCCUGAGCCUCAGCGCAGGGGCCGGGGCCGACCGCGCAAACAGCAGCAGGAGCCUGUUGGACCACCAACUCCAAAGCGACCGAGAGGACGGCCGAAGGGCAGCAGGAACAAAGGCCCCAAAACUGCACUGAAGAAGGUAGAACCCGUUGGGGAGAGACGACCACGUGGGCGACCGAGGAAAUGGCCCCAGAAAGUAGUCCAAGAAGUGACUGAAGAGCAGCAGGGUCCUUCAGAAGAGGCUGAGGAGGGUCCGUCACAGCUUGAGUCAUCUCAGGUUCCAGCGCAGGAGAAAGGGGAGUAGAUAGGGCGCCUCUCUACCUACCUCAAGGUUUGGCCUCAAACAAACAGGGGUUCAUCGUGACUCCUAUCUGUGAUGGGGAUUCAGGAACACACGCACACACACCAACAAUACAAAUCAUUGCAGACAGUGGUUUCUUCUCCCAAUCCAAUACUGAUUCCUGGUUUUGUUGGUUCACUAUAAAAGUUUGGUUUUUUAAAUAGAAAGAAUUACAUCAUUUGAUAUGGCUUUUUCAAAAAUAGUUGCACAUCUUGAGAAAUGCGCUUCUUCACUUUCCUGCCAAUAUUCUCAAGAGAAGAUUAAUCCGAAAGCUUGCCGUAAAUAUUUAGCUACUAUCAGCAGCUCGUUAGCUUAGCCCGGCUCAAAGACCGGAAACAGAGGGAAACAACUAGCAUGCCUCUAUUAAAAAAAAGGUUACAGAAUCCACAUUUAAGUAUCUCUGCUUGCAGUUUGAUAUGUUGAGAUUGUUUCAUAUGUACAAAAAACAAAGUUUAGAAGCAACAGUUUUAGUUUUUACAGUUAUCAUAUGACUGUAAAGUUUAAAAGGUGCUGGAACAUGGCAUUGCUAAUCUGUUUAGGGUCUUUACGCUAAACUAAGCUAAAUUAACAUUUAUUUUCUAUUGCAUGAGGGAUGCAAUAAGCAAACCUCACUUAUUUUUUUGUUGGAGCCUAAAAAGAAAUAAGAGCAUCCCAUUGGGUGUUUUGAUUGUUCCCUGGGAGCCACGGAAUCACUUUUCCUUGGCCCAAUGUGGAUCCUCUGUGUGGUUUACUCACAUAUCUCUACCUUUUGUUGUACCACUAGACAAUGCUUAAAAACACAACAACACACCAAUGAUUUUUCAUUUUUUGACCUCAGAGGGUUCUUGCUAAAAUGUAAAGUACUUAAGGCAUUAAAACACAAGUUUUCUGGGGUGUGUUUGGAGCUUGUAAAAAGCUUUCUGCAUUUAAAUAAAAUAACAGAUCACACAAAAUGACUCUUAGUCACAGUCAAAACCAAACACUCUCUGAAGAGGGUCUAAGUCUAGGCAAAGAAGCGUAUUUCCCAAAAUGUUAAACUGUUUCCUGCCUCCCUGAUCCUCUCACUGUUUGUGUGUGUGUGUGUGUGUGUGUGUGUGUGUGUGUGUGUGUGUGUGUGUGUGUGUGUGUGUGUGUGUGUGUGUGUGUGUGUGUGUGUGCGCCUGUGCGUGUGUGCGCGUGCGUGUGCGUGGUUAUUGUGUGGAGAGGGGAAGGAGCUGGGGGUUGUGAGAGGUGUGAGAGGUGUUUAAAUGAAAGGAACCAAAUCAAACUGUUUUAUUGAAACAUUUUUCUAAACCAGAGUCAUGAAUCUUCACGUGAAAUGGGAGCAAGACGGUGCCAUUUUUUUUUUAUCAAUGUCACAGUACAAACAUGGUGCGCUGAAGUCAUUGUUAUGAACUCAGACGUGAGCGGUUUGAUUCCAAAAUGAAAUAUCUUAAUGAAGAGGUGAGAAACGUCUCUGUUCUUAACUCAGAAUGAAAUAAAUGAAAUAAAAACAUGAACUCACAUGUCAGUCAAAGUAAGAACAGUAUUCAGGUUUUUAAACUCAGUAUUUUUACCCUUUCAACCAGCAGCUACUUUUAAAAAUAAAAGCGUCAGAAGUUUUUACUUGAUGUCUCAUUUUGGAAAGAAACCUUUCAUGUAAUGUUUGGUCAACAACAGAGUUGACAUGUCAUUUUACCACACUCAGGAUAUUACUAUUACCGUGCUUUUACACCAUACUGAAACCUCAGGUACAAAACUAUUCAGGAACAUUUUGUCAGUCUACUCAGUAAUAAUUAUUGUGCUGUGUUUGUUGUGCAUUUCUGAUCUGUAUUUGACAUUACCAGUAUGCCUUGACACAAAGACCUCAUUUAAACCUGUUGCCCUCACUUUCUUAAUAUCUCAUUCUACCUCAGCAACACAAAAGACAGACGAUCUCCAUCAAAGUAAUGUUCCACUCCCUCAGCAGCAGCUAAACACACAUUUACUGUACACACACACACACACACACACACACACACACACACACACACACACACACACACACACAAACACACAGGUUCAUGUGCAGAUAUGCAACACAGACAGGCAAAAGGUUUAAAGGCCAACAUACACACAGAACAGGAGGUACACUCCUGGACAGGAUUGUACCAGCAGUGCAGAAAUAAAAGUGUCUUUUCUUACAAAACAAAAAACUGUAUUUGUUUCAAGCUGAAGUGAGACUUUGUAUGUUCUCCUGGGAAAUGAAAAUUGCAGCCAAUGGUUUACAACAACUUGAUGAAAUACUUGCUUUUUAGGGUGUAGUUUCCUUAUGAAAUACUUGUUUUUUUGUUGUUGUUUGUUUGUUUUUGGGUCGCUUACUCCUUUCUCAUUUUUACUACAUCAUGUAUUUUUCUGAUUCUUACACUGUAAAUUGUAUUGUGUGACACUCUUAAUCCAUGUGAUUUAUAAGAAACGGCAGCAAGUAACCACAUAGUGCUGAAAUACAUGACACAAAGGGAAAACCAUAAAACAUCAUCACCAUAGUUACCUUUUAUGAAAAAAUGCCCAGUAACUUUAUUAAGUUUAAGGGUUAUUAAUCCAUACUUAAACUGUGCCUUCUUUGUUUGACCAAUUUUUGAAGAUAAAAAAUGCCUCAAGUUUCUCCUUCCUUUCCUUUGUGGAAAGUGGAACAGAUCACUUGAGGUGAACACUGACAGCUGUGACAGUAAUGUUAAUGCAGACGUGUAGUAAGUGGAGUAACUCAAAUGCAGCUGUAGAGUCAAUGUGCUAACUCACUAUCAUUUAUCUAAAGUUUGCUAACAUUAGCUUACCUUGUUAGCUUACUGCUGAUGCCAUACCGUGUGGGGCGGUAGAAAAAUAACUGUUUUAUUUCUAUCAUUUCUUAAUCAGAAACAAUAUUUAGGACUGCAAGUAUAGAUCAAGAAGUAAUCUUAGUAUUAUUAGUAAUAUAUAAUUCCCCCACAUUUGCCACCUAAACAGAGAGCUGCAGUUUUAAAGACUACAUCUAUGCAUAUUGGCUUAAUGGCUUUUCUGAUCUCUGAUGAAAGCUUAUCUAUAAAAAUGUUCAUCUUUUUUGUUUUCUUAUGAAGUAAACCUGAUUCUUAAGCUUUGAAAUUCAAAACAAAACUUUGACUAAACCUACUAAACCUCGUAUUUGAAUAAUAAAAGCAAGCACAGCUGUCAUCAGCUUGUGUAAUGCCAAGUCAGGUGUAUAGUUUAGUUAUCUUAUUACUGUACUAAGGCUUUAACACAUCUGUUCCUGGGACUGCUGCUGGCCCCCUCAGUGCGAAUGAAUGAAAUCGUGUUUGUGGUCCCCUCUGUUGAGAUUAAAGAGAAACAAAAGUAUGCAUCACUGUAAUUUAGGAGAAACAACACUUGAGGGAUAUCAUUUGAACAUUUGUAGUGAACCUGUAAAAACAUGGGCAUCUUGUUGUUUAACUUGGGGGGGGGGGUAAUGAAGUAGUUUAUCACCUCCCCUGUUUCUAAAAAAAAGAAUUUUUGAUACUCUGAAGAUUUUUUUUCUUUCACUUAAACUGACAAUUAGCUACAAAUACUUAAAAGUCCUACGUUUUUGACUCUUAUAUCAUUAAUCAUGUUAAAUUUCUUAUACAACAUGAACUACAUAUCACUUUCUAUGUGUUAUAUGACUUGAAUAUCCUCAAUCAUUUACUGUAUGUACCCAUUUCCAUUUAAAAAAAUUACUUAUUUUAUCACUGAAGAUCUUUUGUAUCCCAUUAAAUGUAUGUAUUUCAGCAUUGUUGACAUACACUGCUGCCAUAGUUCAUUUACAUAAAGAUAUCUAUAUAUUUUUUUGUUCAAUUGCAUUGACUUUACUUGUUUUGCCAUCUGGACUACCUCUGAAAACUAACAAGCCCGGGACAUCUCUGAGGAAAGUUGUGGCUCGUUGUACCUUACAUUUCUUUACAGGUGAUGUAGAUCAUGAAAUCUUAAAAAAAAAAAGUAACUGUCAAACUAGUACUGUUGUAGUCCACUCAUCUCAUCUUACUACAUUCAUGUUACCACAAUGAAUGCAAGUCAGCCUGAAGGGUGCCUCUUCAUGAAACUACAGUCGAGACAAUGUCUGUAAUUUUACACGAGCUGUGUCUGGAUAUUUACUCUCUAUUAUGGGGACGAUGUUGUUCUGUGAUCUUACUGAUAAUGAUAUAUAGUUACAUACAGUACUUGAUCUAUUUUCAACUAUUAAAAAAGUUGAAUUGUAACUUGAGAAAUCAUCUUUUAUGCCUUACUUUUAACACCAUUUUUGUAGUUAUGUUAUUGAUGUGUCCUCAUCCACUUCAUUAAUACAACUCACAAACCUGUGAUAUAUAUUUUGUUAUGAUUCUUUACCAUGUGAUUUGUGUUAUUCUGCUUCUUUUAUUGCUUAUCAAUAAAAUAUCACAGCUA